AUGUACAAAUUUUCAAUUCAACACUGCUUUAAUAAAGCUGGUAUACCCGUGGAGAGGAUUGACACAAUUAGCUUGGUGAACUUUACUACUCUCCCUGACAGAGUACUUGACUUUGAAGUUGUAUAUGAUCCUUUGGAGAUUAACAAAAGAAGAAUAGACUGGGCAGACGCUAUAAAAGACAAAGUACUUACAUGCUUACAAGAUCUCAAUAUAGAUGGCGUUAUUGUGAAGCCUGAUAGUGUUGAUGACAUCGGUACAGAAACUGAAAAAGCUGACCCGUGCCUUCUAAAUCCACAGUUUUGUAACGAUGUGCCGUUUUAUGUUUGCUUCUCAAAUGCAACUAAUGUUGUGUGCAAAUUCAAGUGUUUACAAACUGUAACAUCAUGCAGUGAGCACGAAACAUGCAGGAUGAAUACUGCAGGAGAAAUCGCCUUUGGGGAAUGUGUAUGUAAUGAGCCAACAAAUAUAAACUUAGUGUUCCUGAACAACUGGUGCGUUUACAGACCAACCUUCUUUGCUGUUGUGUUGUCAAUUGUCUGUGGGUUGAUCCUCGUCAUCUCUGUACUUUGUUUGUGCCUUAUAUGUAGACGACGUUGUAGGAAGAAGAGCCAUAUGUCUCAAGAACAAGGAACGCAAAUGUCAGAGAAUGGAGACGUUAUAGAGCCAGUUUAUCGUAUAAGACCAUUGGAUGUCAGAGCUGCUCAACGCAAUACACACAACAUCUAUGACAACUACAUUUCAAGUAAUGACCCAUAUGAUGAUGCUAAUGCUACAUUUCACCAACCUGAUAAUGGAAGGUUGAUUUCAACAGAUUCAUUUCCUCGAGGUGGUAUAGCUAAGCGGCUGGUAACAAAUUCCAGUUACGUACGUCUGAGUGACACUCAUUUAGGAUUCUCUCUCGAUCAAGAUUUUGCAGAUCGACAUAAACCGUUCUUAAUCGACCGUCCGAUUGUCUAUAAGAAUUCUACAUUACCGACGCAUGUCAUUGAUAGAGAUGUACUGGCUUGAAUGAUGCCUGAUAGCUCGUGCGGAUACAUUUCAUUUGUGAAUAAAUCGCCUGGGAUAAUACUAAUUCAAGGUAUACGUCUUGAACAGUGUACACAGGCAUUCUAUUAAAUAGUAUUGAAAAUAUCUGAACAAUAAAGGGGAAAGUGUAUAUCAAUGUAUAAAGUAUCACCAUCUUUGAACAAGCGACAUUGUGGAUAAUGGAUUACAGCUAGCCCAGAGCGUUGUAUCAGAGACUUGGGCAAUAUGGAUGUAGCGUAUUCCCCGAGUGAAUAGACAACAAUUUGGAUAGGGAUUAAAGUCUAUAACUCCAUACGCAGUUUACGAAUACUACUUACAAUGUUAAAUAGGUAUUAAACGGUCCAAUGUGAAAUAUCAUUUUUGUAAAGAAUUACGAAUACAGUCAGUAUUCACCUAACUAACACUGUGGGGCAGUUUUAAGUUUAAUUAUGGAAUGUGCGACAUGUGUAUAGAAUGUAUCUUUAAAAACAAUUUGUCACUGCAGGAUGCUGCGUUAAACUAUCGUCC